UACGUAUAAUUACAGUAUAAUUAGUACAUGGCCUGAAGAGAACCACGCCACUCAUAAUAAUCACACGGAGACCACUCAGAAACCUUGGAGCUAAAUAAAUUAGAUGAAACAGCAGGGAAUUCAGGCCAAAACGAACUAGAAGUCAUUAGAACCAAGUAGGGGUCGUUGUCCAAGUGAAACACCUUGUAUCAUCUUGAUUGAUUCUAUCUCCCUUCAAUGAGAAAUCUUGUCGGAAUAUCUUCAGCGGUAUUUAUACUUAUAUUCCACAAGUUAAGAAGCUUUUAAAGAGUUUGUUGUCUUAUUAUGUACGAUAGCCCGUGUGCAUUAGUCAUCCAUCUUGACAUGACCACGUAAACGAAAUAUAGCCAUGCAGCUGCAAAUAUCCAUUGGCUUCUCGCUCUUGAUUGGCUGAAGACCAGCAGCUGGCAAUCCAUAACUAAUGAUAAAGUGGAUUAGAAAGAAAGAAUUUCUUUGAUAUUAACUAUUAAUGAACACUAAGUACUCUGACAGGAACGUUUGUUGACUCUAUGGAAUUCACUUUUUGAAAUAUGUACCUUUUGUACAAAAAUAUUUGACUUUUAAUCCAAUUUCAGAAAUAAGUGAAGUUUUACAUCUCCUUAUAGACUGUUUACAUGAUGGGUACUUUGUUUACUAUAGAAGUGUUAUAUAUAAACAUUUAGUUCACUCAAUUUGGUAGAAUGAUGAACUGGGGCUGUAGGCAAGACACUAAGGUUCUGUACACCUUAAUCAGUUAACUGAGACAUAACAAUUAAGAUAGAUGCGAAAAUUAAAUAUGUCAUUUGCCAUUGAUUAAGCAUAGGGCGGGCAUUGACUUCUAUUAAGUUUAUUCAACAACAUAAAGACGGCAUUCCGGUACACARCAACACAGGGAACAGUAACAGGCACAAUUAGAGAUGGAUUCCAAAGGAAGUCCUCGUCGUUCUCCACCGCCAUUAGUGUCGAUGGCUCAUGAUAAUACAAGGCGAGAUUCUCUUGUUGGACUUCAAAGAUUAGUGUACAACGCUCAAGUGCUGCCACAAGACAAGGAAGACGUCAAAACUGCUCUAGAUGAUGAGUCGCCCGUCAAGGAACAAGUAUCAGUUCUGACGUCACACCGUGACGUGCGUGAAAACGAGUCAGCGCAUCUACAGCGUCGAUUGUCUAGUCCCAGGCCUAAGCGUUGCAGAACGUCCUUCACGCCAGCGCAGUUGGAACGCUUAGAAGAUGAGUUUCGUCUUGAUAUGUACGUAGUGGGGUUAAAAAGAAUGAAACUUGCCAACGAACUGUUACUUAGUGAACGCCAAGUUAAAGUAUGGUUUCAAAAUCGCAGAAUGAAAUAUAAACGCGAACGCGCGAAAUUACGUCUUCCGAUGGAUGGUAAUAAUUAAUUGAAUCAAGUAUAAAGGUGUAAUAUACAUAGGUUUAUUUCAUAGAUAAAAUCAUGUUAUAAAUGUACUAAUCUGGAUAAUAAGACUGCAUAGCAGUGCCUACUUGACUGUAAUUUUUUCUAAUGGCACAGAAUAGAAAGCCGCCGUGCGUCCGUCCGCCCUCUUCAAAAAACCUGUAAAUUCCUUCAGAGGCAGUUCAAGAAAUUUUCCAGGGGGCCUUCCGUGUUCCAAAUGAAUAAAUGAUKACACUUUUACGAUAAACUAUAAUAUUCUAAUUGAACACCCCCGGAUCCGCGCUUUCGUGUCAGAAAUAGAGACGCAAUAUAGAAGUGAUUUUUUUUCCUUGAAAAGCACUAUUUUCUGGUAUUUUAAACUUCAAUCACCGCAAAGUUGCCACUGCUUUGCAGUCUAUUUUCAAAAUAAAUACUAAAUACAGCACAAUGGUGUAUGUAUUCUACUUUUUACAUCUUCUCUGUCGAACCAAUAAAAAUCUUCUGUGCCUUUGAGGCUAUAAUUCAAAGAAAGUCGAUGCGUGGUCUGUAUUGGAGAGUCAUCACUGUUCCUUCCUGGAAAAUAAAGUAUUGUUAACUGUUUUAUACACCGUCGGUUUAACUUCCUCUUCUUAAAAAUUAAAGAAAAAGGAUAAAGGCUUGUACCAAGUCGCUUCAUUCACUUUUUUAUUGUUCACAGUAGCAAAAAUAGAGUAGAAAUUGUGUACAUAUCUAAAGCGACUGGAUAUAUGUAGACCUGUMUUGUAAUAUGAUGGUAGAAUACUCUUUUGAAAUAAAGGAAAAACAAACCA